CGGGACUCGGCCGGACUAUUCCAGAAAGCACUGGGGACCGGCAUUCCAGGCGCAGUUACGCUUGACGCGUGAUCAGCCACCGUUUUCUGCCGCUAGCAAGGUUUCAUACACCAUCGACAUGGCGUCGUCGACCCUCUCGCUCAGCGAAGCCCAACCGCCGUCGCGCUCGCUCCACCUGCUUGUCGCUGCCAAUGGGCCCCGCGACGUCGCGUUUGCCGAGGCCGUCGCUGUCCGCCUCUCCAAGGAGCCGCAGAUCACGACGCGCGCAAUAGUGGACGAGAUGACUCACAGGUUGGCGCAGGAGAUAAUCGUGCUCCAGAACCGAAGUCUGAGGAGGGGUGCCAGCGACGGCGCAAGCCCCAAAGACAUCGAGUCCUGCCAACGCCAGGCGUCCGAACUGGUCCAGUGGGCCGACCUGCUCGUCCUCGCACCCGUCGAUGCCGACACCCUCUCCAAGAUGAUGUGCGGGAUAUCGGACACUCUGCUGCUCGAAGUGCUGCGGAGUUGGGACGCCUCGAAGAGGAUCCUGCUGGUUCCCGGGAUGACCACGCAGAUGUGGGAGAAUCCCGUCACGAAGCGCCAGAUGAGCAAGCUGCACCGCAAGUGGGGAUGGAUUAGGGUCCUGCCCCCCAUCCUGUGGCACUACGAUGCGAACAGCCCGCACCCUAAGCGCAUUGUCGAUUGGGGCGGCUUCAACGAGCUCCUCGGCAUCAUCAAGAACCAGGCGGACUUCCUCAAGCUGGGCCGCGACAUCGAGGUCAGCGCGCAGCCAGCCACCCCUCCGGCGGUCAGCACCAAGGCCCGGAGCGUCCUGCCCCCCGAGAUCUGGAGCAUGAUCUUCGAGUACACCAACGACUGGGAGCUCGCUACCUGCAUGGGAGUCUACACCAACCUCGAGAUGCCCACCAGCCAGGGGUGGCGCCGCGAGCCGAGAGACCCCAACGACCCGCUCCAGGUCUUCAUGCACAGCCUGGAGUGGACGCUGCUCACGGCGAACACGAAGGCCGUUUGCGAAAAACUCGCGCAGGCCCCGCCGGCCUUCCACGACCUGUCCGCCCUGGCCGUGCACCUCAUCUUCAAGUUCUCGCUCACGGGCGUGCUGAGCUACAUCGAGGCCAACCUGCCGCACAUCUUCAAGUGCUUCGACGGCAAGACGAUCCCGACCAAGGCGUCGGCCUACUACGGCCGCACCGCGAUCCUCGACUGGUGGGCGCGCUCGCCGUCGUUCCUCGAGAAGCAGUACGACGCCGAGGCGCUCAACAACGCCUCCGGCCGCGGCUUCGUCGCCGUGCUCGAGUGGUGGCGCCGCUCCGGCCUGCCGCUCAAGUACGACGAGCAGGCCUUCGAGAUGGCCUCGGCCAAGGGCCACGUGCACGUGCUCGAGUGGUGGCGCGAGGCCGGCCUGCAGGACCCGUCCAUCGUGCUGAAACCCGGCCGGUCGCUGCUGGCGGCCGCGCAGUGGGGCCAGCUGGCCGUCAUCCGCUGGUGGGAGGAGAGCGGGAUCCCCGUCGGCCACCAGGACGCCGUGUGCAAGAUGGCGAGCCGGUGGGGGCAGGUCAAGGUGCUGGACCUGUGGCGGCAGCUGAGGGGCGACGACAAGCUGCAGUUCGACAACCAGAUCCUGAUCGAGGCGACCUAUCACGCCCACAUCCCCGUGCUGGAGUGGUGGCGGAAGUAUGCGCACGGCGAGCUGCCGGGGAUGAACGGGCGGAAGGGCAACAGCGUCGAGUACAAGACCAUGGACGUCGAGGAGGCGCUGGAGGACUCGCUCGGGGACCAGACCAAGGUCAGGAGGUGGUGGGCGGAAAACGGGCUGAACCUGGGGCUGGGGACGAGCGAGUGGAUGAAGAUCCGGACCUUGUGAGAGGCGAGUUCAGCCUCGAUUAUUCUACAGCAGCGGAACAUCAGGGAAAUGAGGCUGGAGGGCAUACGGCUAUAUGGGAUUCGGAUUUGGUUCAAUUGAGAGGGAGAGGGGCGCGUGGCGUUCUAUCACCUUAUAUGACGGCAACGAGCGUUGUGAGGGGAUCAAAAGCAGCAGAACUUGUUUGCAUGUAUGGGUAGCAUUCGGGGUAUCUCUCAGAAAUAAAA